AUGCAUCCCGCGCAUGAACACACCCUUAUACCCUGGUUGACGAACCCUUACAGAAUAAAGGCCAAGAAGCAUGUUUUCAAGGCUGAAAUUGAAGAGGAGGAUGACAAGAAACAUGAUCUCAAGGAUGCACUCGAAGAGGACGGCAAGGAACACGCCAUCAAGGAUGAAAUCAGAGAGGAGGCAUUGGAAUAUCAUGACCAUCCCCAGGAUAAGGUACUUGAACUCGAUGACCAAACAGAAGAAGAGGCACUUGAGGCUCGAGAAUUAUCUUUGAGUUCAGGGUCUUCGUCUCGUUUCACUGCUCCAUCAGCAGAGCAGCGCGUUCUGCCAUGUCAACGGUGCUUUCGACGCAUGAAAAAACAUCCAAGCCAUGUUUGUACCAUUCAACCAGGUUAUUCUAGAUGUGACUAUUGUCGUUUAAGUCACAGACUUUGCUUAAAGUUGCCAUAUGCAAUCCAGGCAGAUGCUACCAGAGCAUUCUCUGUGCGCUCCGCGAGACGAAGAGCUGCUCUUAUUAAUAAAAUCCGACAGCGGAUGGAACGUGAUGCUGUUCAACGUAGGAAAGGCGAAUCGAAUUAUGGACAUUCUGAUGAAGUCACUGCACCGCUAUGCCCUCCCUCUUAUCAUAGUCCGAUGACAAAUGAUCUGAGAGACCAUGGUAUGCAGUCAAUCGAGGCUGCUCGUGAUGAAGUCCAGGCUGUGUUGGAUCGUACUCAAUGGGAGUUCAAAAAACUUACUGAGCGGUUGGCUGAGCUACAGACUGAGCCAGAGACCAAGGAGGAACGAAAGGAUUUGUCUGCUUGGCUGUAG